AUGAAUCCCUUGUAUUCUAAGCCCAUCUACCCUAAGCGCCGUGUUAUUAGAAAUCCCGAGGAAGAAGGAUAUGAAGUUGUAUUCGAGCAUGCCGAGGAAACUUUAAGAGAAGUUCAGCCUGCACCUAAAAAACCUCGUAGAGGUCGUCCACCAAAAAUCACUAUGUCCGUUGAAUCCCCAAUUGCCGAGAGUUCUGGACCAACUUAUGAUCAUCCUGCUCUCCCCAUUUCAAGCUCUCUCGUUUUAUCCCAAAGUAGACCCUUGGGAUACACAUGUGAGUUUGAACUUGAAAUUAAGGCCUUGCCGAUGAAAGUGCGUGGAAGUACUGCAGCAAUUUAUGGGAUGCCUUUAGAAAAUUGGAAGGACGUUUGUGAAAAGAACCGACAUAGAUAUCCCGUUGAUCCUAUGUAUCGAUAUACUGUUGGGCCUACCGAAUUUGUUGUUGCUUUCUUCAAAGAGUCUGUUUUUAAGCGUACUUAUAACAAGAGUGUUUCGAUUGAAAAUGAUGUGAGAACACAGAUUGGCUUACGAACUGAAGAUAAUGUAGACAACCAACCAUCAUUGCGACAAAUGGCAAAUAAUGCACCAUCUAAUAAAAAUGGUACUAAAAAAGUAAUUGAAUCUAGUCGCCGAGAAGUCGAAUGGUCAUCUCCUAAAAAAACGAAGAAAAUAAUUGAAUUAAUCAAGAAGUACGAGCAUGAUCUUGUUUACGAUCAAGUUCAAACAAAUGUGGAUAGAGCAUCACAUUGUGUUAUUCGUGAUUCUUGCAAGUCUGGCGAAUUAAUUAGAAUUUUAAAAAGCCUUUGGAUUUCAAGUGCUAAUUCUGGUGUACGUGAAAUGUUUUCUAUAUCUUCUCGUCACCACAUGUUACGUCGUGAUCAAGAUCUGAGAAAUCUGAACUUUGCUGACUGUUUUUGUACCAUCAUUCCCAAAACACAGCACAAAGGUAUUCAGCAGGCUUUAGCUUUGGUCUUUAGUCUUGACAAGGGUAAGACCCUAAAAGAAGGCGAGGUUAAAUUUGCUUGUGCUAUGCGUCAUGAAAACGUUAGUGGCGAUUUCUUGAAUGAAGACAGAUGGCAUAACUGGAAGGUAUUGCGUGGGCGUAUUAGUCCCGAGAAAAGCUUGUCUGGUGGUUCUCAAUGGAAAACAGCAAAGAAAGCACUCGCAGACGAAGAAAUUUUUACCACUCGAGUAACUCACUGUAGCCGUCAUGCUGGUUCAAUGGAAGCAGAAGGAUUAGGAAUUCCAUUUGACCUGAUCAAGCGUGUUGGAAGAUGGAAAGAUCGUCUUGGUCGGUUAAAAACCCACUAUCUUGCAAGAAAUACUGUUUCUCCGUCUUUGGAGCUUCAAAGAACAAUCUUUCCUCGGAUUGAAAGUUACUUUGGUGUUGGUAGCGUUGAAUGGGAGGCUGCGUGUGAUAAUAAGAUGAAAGAAAUUGAUGAAAAGGAAGACGAGGAUGACAAUGUAAUCAACAUGGAAAUAAGAAGCCAAGCCGAUCCUGUUGAAUUUAACAGCAUAGAAACGGCAAAGAGGGGGUUCUUAAGACUGUUAAUCAGAUGUCGUAGAAUCAUCUUACAAGACGCAGCUAUAUAUCUGUAUAUGAAUAAAGAAAACAAACAUGUCAGUAAUGAUAAACGUUUGUUCUCAAACUAUCAGUUCAAGAUGUUUGAACAAGAUGUAAUAGCAGCUAUCAACAGUCCUUCUAUUGAUAGGCUGGAAGAGCACGAAGGUCUUGCUCCAAAUAUACUCGACACAGACAAAGAGGUGGCCAGACGAGUUGCAGAAGCUGCCCGACAAAUUUCACAUCUCCAACAUCAACAAGACAACAGAUUCGAAAAAUUCGAAAUUUCUUUUAAUAAUUACGUUAAUCAAAAUAAUCAGCAAAACGUUCCUUUGAUGAACAUGAACCAACAACUGACAAAAGAUUUAAGGAUUCGUAUGAUGCAACGACAGUGCCUGAAUUCACAGAUGCAGCUAAUGAUGGCCACCAACAACGCUUUCACAAACUCAAAUGCCAACAAUAAUUUGACACAGCCACAAAAUUUCCCUGCUCUUCAAAUGCAAUCUUUUCCUACUAUUCCAAUGCAAUCUUUUCCUACUAUUCCAAUGCAAUCCCUUCCUGCUAUCCCCAACUCACAACACCCUGUUACAAUUCAGCCUGCCAUAGCAUCAACAAAUGCUAACCAGAAAACCGCAACCUCGCCAAAGCAAAAAGAAAGAGCGAAAAAAGCCAGAUGGGUCAGCUACGAACCUACCAAUUCCGAAUAA